AUGGAGCUACCGGAGGAGCUUCUGCUCGCGAUCUGCGAGCACCUGCAACCGGCGCGGUAUGAAGACGACGCCGUCCUGGCACGGGACUACGACUUAUCGCGCCACGCUUCUCAUCGACCCGCGGCGGCCGUAAAAGUGGUGUCGCGCGGCUUCCGGGGACACAUGACCCGCACCGCGCGCGUAGUCAGAGCCAGCAACUACCGCUCCUGGGCCGAGUUCGCGGCGCAGACGCAUCGGCACGCCGAACUUUUCGAGGGAGACGCGCCAUGGGUCAGGGACGAUGUUCUGUCAUCGCUUCACAAAGUGAUGCCGCGCCUGCGCGCCGUCGACCUCAGCAUCGUGACCCACUUGUUGGCUCCCAGAACGCUGCGUGGCGUGGAGGCCCUCGUCGAGUCAACUUCGCUCGUGGCAUUCCACCAGUACCAUGGAUUUCUGUCGUCCAUCUGCGCCAUCGUCGCCGCGGCACCGCUGACAACGCUCUCGCUGACGAUUGACUAUGCGAGCGUCCCCGACGCGUUCUCUCCUUUGGAAGGUCACCCGACGCUCAAACAUCUGUCCUUGCGAUUCGAGGCCGACGUCGCUCCGGAGCUGCCGGAGAGCCUCCCGAACCUCGAGACCAUGACGAUCGCCGUAGGACCGCGAACCCAAUUCAACUGGGACUCCGCGCUGCCCUUCUGCCCCUCCCUCAAGAAACUCACAAUCGACGACCAGUGCGGCGACCGGCUCUACGAUCCCUCGAUCUUCGGGGCGCUGACGCCGCGAACCCUCAAUCAACUGAUGACCGACCUACCCUCGCUCGAAUCGUGCCACGUCGCGCGCGUCGCGUCGGUCGUCUUCUACGCGUGCUCGACGUGCCACGAUGACGAGCGCAUCAUAUGCUACCGAACGCCGCCGGGCGUCUCCCUCACCUUCGGUCCAGAGGCCUUUCCGCCCGGCUUCCGCGUCGUCCUCGACGUCGACACCGCUCCUCUACCUGUGUCCGUCGCGAUCUGGGAUUACGAGACGAUCACCGACUUGGACGCGGACGCCGUGCCGCUAGGCUAUGUGUAG